AUGUCCGAAGCUCCUCGUCGCAAUAAGCUCUGGCUCUGGUCUCGCUCUUCGGCAACCUUGAUAGUUUGUAUCACCGAUAGCUUGGCUCUCGGCCUCCCCAGCACAGGCUCUCAGAGAAAAGGCAACAUUGCCGGCAUGUGCAAAUGCUGGGCUGAGCCGCAUUGGCAUCGAUCCCAAGAUGUUCUAAGAAUGUUUCUUUUUCAGCCUCAGAGAUCUCCUCCCCACAAAGUCCCUGCCUGGAAGAGCCACAGGGUCAGAGUGAGCCUGCUUGAUUUUGAACCAUGCCACUGCGCGUCCGACAAUCGGAUCUUUACCUGUGUACUUCAUGUGGCACGACACAUGGUAGUAGCAUGGGAUGACCGCAGCAAGCCUACCGUUGACUACGGGUCUUUGGCUUCAGGUCGUGGCGCCGGCUGGCCCGAAGACACUACAAUAGGCGUGGACCAUAGACGGGGGGAAUCAUCAUGCAUCGUCUCAAGUAAGGUCAACCCCGAGAGGGAUGCGCAAGAGCUCGGUAUCAUUGGAUAUGACCAUGACAGACACUCUCGUCCCAUGGCCCCACGUCUCGACGAACCACAAACCGUUCAAGUUAUCGACAUGGCUUCUGAGACGACCCAUCCUAUCACUUCGCUUUUCAGUAUGGACGCAUACUGUCUUUGUGCUCUGAAAGCGCUUGGGCGUCCUCCCCCGUUGUAUGAGCGCGUAGUAACGAAAGAUCUUGAUGCCGUCGAUUUCUCCUUAAGACCGGCCAUUCAAGAGCAAGCCAUCUCUGGCUGGUUGCCGCAUUCUAUCGUCGUUUUAGAAUCAUGUACGUUGUUUUGCCUGCCCGUACCCAAGUCAUGUCUGCUCGUCGCUUGUAAAAGGCGUCUGCAGUCGUCCUGCAGAACUCACAGGGGCUCCCUGUCUGUCAUCACUACGGGUGUGGUCCCCACCACAUCGCAUCGUUUUGUUCGGCGGGGGGCAUCAGUCAAUGCCAUGCAAAAUGGCAUUGCGACGCCAACGGCCAUUCCCAUCGAGUUUAGUUGUCCCUAA